GAGACACCAAAACCUCAGCAGCCCCGAGCUUGUUUUCAGGUUAUCAUGGCGAUAGGAGACGCAUCUUCUACCUGAGCUUCCGUAGCGUUAAACUCUGUCCUCGUCCGCUGCAUGAAAACACACACCGAGUCCAUGCAGCGCGGAGAACCGCCGGAGGUUUAGCUCAGAUUGGAGUAAGGACAUAGCGAGUGACCGUCAUGGCAGCGUCGGAGCUGUACACAAAGUGUGCUCGGGUGUGGAUCCCGGAUGCAGAGGAGGUGUGGAAAUCUGCUGAGCUGAGCAAGGACUACAAAAAUGGCGACGCCUCCCUUCAGCUCAUGCUGGAGGAUGGAACGAACCUUGAGCACAAACUGGACCCCAAGACAAAGAACCUGCCUUACCUGCGAAACCCCGACAUUCUGGUGGGCGAGAAUGAUCUCACAGCACUCAGCUACCUCCAUGAGCCAGCGGUGCUGCACAACCUCAAAGUCCGCUUCGUCGACUCGAAGCUUAUCUACACUUACUGUGGAAUCGUUCUGGUGGCCAUCAACCCGUACGAGACGCUGCCAAUAUACGGGACUGACAUCAUCAAUGCCUACAGCGGUCAGAACAUGGGAGACAUGGACCCACACAUCUUUGCCGUGGCAGAGGAGGCUUACAAACAGAUGGCCAGGGAUGAGAGGAAUCAGUCGAUCAUUGUGAGUGGAGAAUCUGGAGCAGGAAAGACUGUAUCAGCCAAAUACGCCAUGAGAUACUUUGCUACAGUGAGCGGCUCAGCCAGCGAGGCCAAUGUGGAGGAGAAAGUGUUGGCUUCCAAUCCUAUUAUGGAGGCCAUCGGAAAUGCAAAGACUACUCGAAAUGACAACAGCAGUCGCUUUGGGAAGUACAUCGAGAUUGGCUUUGACAAUCGCUACCGCAUCAUUGGUGCCAACAUGAGGACUUAUCUGCUGGAGAAAUCUCGAGUGGUGUUUCAGGCGGACGAUGAAAGGAAUUAUCAUAUCUUCUAUCAGCUCUGUGCAUCAUCCCAUCUGCCUGAGUAUAAGAAUCUGAAGCUGAGCAGUGCAAACGAUUUUGUGUACACCAGGCAGGGCCGCAGCCCUGUUAUCGACGGUGUGGAUGACACCAAGGAGCUCUGCACCACUCGCAAUGCCUUCACUUUGCUUGGUAUCAAUGAGACCUAUCAGAUUGGAUUGUUUCAGGUUUUGGCUGCCAUUCUUCAUCUUGGAAAUGUGGAGAUAAAGGACCGAGACUCCGACAGCAGCACCAUUCCUCCCAACAACCGCCAUCUGACGGCAUUUUGUGAUUUAGUUGGCGUUUCCUAUCAGGACAUGACUCAGUGGCUGUGCCACAGGAAGCUAAAGACGGCCACAGAGACGUAUAUCAAGCCCCUCCCCCGCCUUCAGGCUACAAACGCUCGUGACGCGCUGUCCAAACACAUCUACGCCAAGCUCUUCAACUGGAUUGUAGAGCACGUGAACAAAGCCCUCAUCACCAACAUCAAACAGCACUCGUUCAUCGGGGUCCUUGACAUCUAUGGGUUUGAGACGUUCGAGAUCAACAGUUUUGAGCAGUUCUGCAUCAACUAUGCUAAUGAGAAACUUCAGCAACAGUUCAACAUGCAUGUGUUUAAGCUGGAGCAGGAGGAGUACAUGAAGGAACAGAUCCCAUGGACCCUGAUCGACUUCUAUGACAAUCAGCCCUGUAUCAACCUCAUAGAAGCCAAGAUGGGCAUCCUGGACCUGCUAGAUGAGGAAUGCAAGAUGCCUAAAGGCUCAGAUGAUUCAUGGGCUCAGAAACUCUACAACACCCACCUAAAGACCUGCUCCCUCUUUGAGAAGCCUCGCAUGUCUAACCGCGCCUUCAUCAUCCAACAUUUUGCUGAUAAGGUGGAGUACCAGUGUGACGGCUUCCUCGAGAAAAAUAAAGACACCGUGAACGAAGAACAGAUCAACGUGCUGAAGGCCAGCAAGAAGUUCGCCUUGCUGGUGGAGCUGUUUCAAGAUGAAGAGAAAGCCACCAGUCCUACUGGUCAGGCCCCUGGCACCGGGGGCCGAACCCGCCUCAGUGUCAAACCUGAUAAGGGCCGCGAAACAAGCAGCAAGGAGCACAAGAAGACUGUCGGCUGCCAGUUUCGUAACUCUCUACAAAUGCUGAUGGAAACUUUGAAUGCCACCACCCCGCACUACGUUCGCUGCAUCAAACCAAAUGACUUCAAGCUCGCCUUCUCGUUUGAUCCCAAACGUGCAGUGCAACAGCUCAGAGCCUGUGGUGUCCUUGAAACCAUUCGUAUCUCUGCUGCAGGUUUCCCAUCCAGAUGGACGUACCAGGAGUUUUUCAGCCGUUACAGAGUACUGAUGAAACAAAAAGAUGUGCUGCCUGACAAGAAGAUGACCUGCAAGAAUGUUCUGGAGAAACUGGUGCAGGAUCAGGAUAAAUAUCAAUUUGGUAAGACCAAGAUCUUCUUCAGGGCCGGACAGGUUGCCUACCUGGAGAAGUUGAGGGCAGACAAACUGCGCGCCGCCUGUAUCCGCAUCCAGAAGACCAUCCGCUGCUGGCUGGCACGCAAGAAGUAUCUGCGCAAACGCAGUGCUGCUAUCACCAUCCAAAGGUUCACCAGAGGAUAUCAGGCCCGUUGCCUGGCCAAGUUCAUGCGUCGCACUCAGGCAGCUACAAUCAUCCAGAAGUACCGCAGGAUGUAUGUGGAGAAGAAACGUUACAGACAAAAGCAGGCUGCUGCUCUUGUCAUGCAGACGAUCCUCAGAGCAUACAUGGCACGACAGAAGUACCAGGGGUUGCUGCGACAGCACAAGGCGGUCAUCAUUCAGAGGCACGUUCGUGGCUGGUUGGCUCGGUGCUGGUACAAGCGCUGCCUCGUCUCCAUUGUCUACCUGCAGUGCUGCAUCCGCAGGAUGAAGGCCAGGCGAGAGCUGAAGAGGCUGAAGAUCGAGGCUCGCUCAGUGGAGCACUUCAAGAAGCUCAACAAAGGCAUGGAGAACAAGAUCAUGCAGCUGCAGAGGAAAAUCGACGAGCAGACCAAGGACAACCGGACAGUCAACGAAAGGCUAGCUUCUAUGGAGAGUUCCUUUACGCAAGAGAGCGAGCGUCUACGUGGGGAGGUUAACCGGCUGCGUGGGGCAGAGGAAGAGGCAAAGAACAAAUCCAACCAGGUCACGUCACUGAAGGAGGAGCUGGAGAGGCUGAGGAGGGAGCUGAGUGCCACACAGCAGGAGAAGAAGACCAUCGAGGACUGGGCACAGACCUACAGGAACGAAAUGGAGAAAAUGGUCUCAGAGCUGAAAGAUCAGAAUGGCUCCCUCAAGAAAGAAAAAGACGACCUGAAUCGAUUGAUUCAGGAACAGAGUCAGCAGAUGACAGAGAAAAUGGCCCGUGCAAUAGCGCAGGAGACUCAGCAGCUGGAGACAGAUCUGAACGAGGAGCGUUCUCGCUACCAGAAUCUCCUAACAGAACACCUUCGCCUCGAGGAGAAAUACGACGACCUGAAGGAGGAGAUGGCCUCCUCGAAUAUCUCCAAGCCUGGCCACAGGAGAACAGACUCCACACACAGCAGCAACGAAUCAGAGUACACCUACAACUCAGAGUACGCAGAAUUGGAAGAAGGUUCCCGUGCAGCAGAAGACGUGACUCGAGGAAUCGACACUUCACUGACACUCAAACUGCAGAAACGUCUAACAGAAUUGGAGCAAGAAAAGCAAUCACUGCGCAACGAACUAGAAAACAAAGAGGAGCAGUUCCAGCGGGCUAGAGCCAGAGAUGAUGCAGCAUUUAGAAAGGCCCGUGGUGCAGAGCUGGAGUACGAAUCCCUCAAGCGUCAGGAGCUUGAGUCCGAAAACAAGAAGCUGAAACAUGACCUGGCCGAGAUGAGACAAAGCCUGCUUGGUGACAAAGCUGCUGGUGCCGGGGCCCCGGGCUCCCCUGCUUACAAGGUGCUCUUAGAGCAGCUCAACGCCUCCUGUGAGGAGCUUGAAGUCCGCAAAGAGGAGGUGCUGAUCCUGCGUUCUCAGUUGGUCAGCCAGAAGGAAGCUUUGCACCACAAGGAUGAGAAGGAGACCAUGACUGAGCCGUCCAUUUAUGCUGAGGAUGUGUCCAAACUGAAGGACGCUGAUGAGCUCAAGCAGGCCUGCAUUGGACUCAAAGACACAAACAGAUCUCCUCGAUUCAUGCGUAAGCCGUUGGAAGUCAGUGAUCUCCUGAGUAGGCUGAGAUCUGCUGCUCCAGACCUACAUAAGCUGAAUGAGGACGGAGAGCUGUGGCUGGUUAAUCAGGGCUUAAAGGAAACCAUCAGGUUAUUGGAGCACCAACUGCAGACUCAGAAGAGAAGUUACGAUAGUGAGGUGGAGGCUCUACGUGGUGAGCUGCAGAACGUCAAAGAGGAGAACAACCGUCAGCAGCAGCUCCUGGCCCAGAAUCUUCAGCUGCCGCCAGAAGCUCGAAUUGAAGCCAGUCUGCAACACGAGAUCACCCGUCUGACUAACGAGAACCUGGAACUCCUUGCUGACGACCCUACGGCAUCCAGGGAGGCUCGAGUCAUCAUUUUACGGCGGAUGGUUGAUCUGAUGGAACAGCUGGAGAAGCAGGAUCGUACCAUCCGCAAGCUGAAAAAGCAGCUGAAGGUUUACUCCAAGAGGAUUGGAGAGAUGGGAGCGGGUCAGACCGAGGGUCAGACAUCUCCGGGGCAGACAGUGGACGAGCCGAUUCAUCCCGUCAACAUUCCUCGCAGAGAGAAAGAUUUCCAGGGGAUGCUAGAGUACAAGAAGGAGGAUGAGCUCAAACUGGUCAAGAACCUCAUCCUUGAACUGAAGCCUCGUGGUGUAGCUGUAAAUCUGAUCCCAGGUUUGCCAGCAUACAUCCUUUUCAUGUGUCUGCGACAUGCAGAUUAUGUCAACGAUGAUCAGAAGGUCCGCUCUCUGCUCACAUCAACCAUCAACAGUAUCAAGAAGAUCUUAAAGAAACGGGGAGAUGACUUCGAGACUGUCUCCUUCUGGCUGGCAAACACCUGCCGCUUCCUUCACUGUCUGAAACAAUACAGCGGAGACGAGGCUUUCAUGAAGCACAACACACAGCGGCAGAACGAACACUGUCUGUCAAAUUUUGACCUGGCAGAGUACAGGCAGGUGAUCAGUGACCUCGCCAUCCAGAUCUACCAGCAGCUCAUCAAAUGCAUGGAGAACAUCCUGCAGCCCAUGAUAGUCUCUGGCAUGCUGGAACAUGAGACCAUCCAGGGUGUAUCAGGGGUGAAGCCCACAGGUCUUCGUAAGCGCACAUCAAGCAUCGCAGAUGAGGGAACCUACACCCUGGACUCCAUUCUGCGGCAGCUCAGCACCUUCCACUCCAUCAUGUGCCAGCACGGCACCGACCCUGUGCUCAUCAAGCAGGUGGUGAAACAACAGUUCUACAUCAUUGGCGCCGUCACCCUCAACAACCUGCUGCUGCGCAAGGACAUGUGCUCCUGGAGCAAAGGCAUGCAGAUCAGGUACAAUGUGAGCCAGCUGGAGGAGUGGCUCAGAGACAAAGGUCUGAUGGUUUGUGGUGCCAAGGAGACCCUUGAGCCCCUGAUCCAGGCUGCUCAGCUGCUGCAGGUGAAGAAGAAGACUGACGAGGAUGCUGAGGCCAUAUGCUCCAUGUGCCUGGCCCUCACCACAGCUCAGAUUGUGAAGGUCCUGAACCUCUACACUCCAGUCAAUGAGUUUGAAGAAAGAGUAUCUGUCGCAUUCAUACGAACUAUACAGACUCGUUUGCGAGAUCGUUGUGAGAGUCCCCAGUUGUUGAUGGACACGAAGAUGAUUUAUCCCGUCACUUUCCCAUUCAGCCCUUCCUCUCUCGCGUUAGAAACCAUCCAGAUCCCCAGCUCACUCAACCUGGGGUUCCUCACUCGUGUGUAAACAGAGGUCCUGCAGGAUGCCACAGAGUCCUGCAACUAUCCUGACAUGUUGGUCUCAGAUAAAAUCCAAAGCCACACAACACUCUCAUUGGCCAAAAAAGACUUUUACCCCAUACAGCAUUGUUCUCACUGAAUAAAUUCCUUUGAGCAUCACAAAGAAAACAAAUUUAGAGUUUUUACCAACACACUUGAGCAAAUUUACCCUAAAAAUAGCAAGCUGCUAAUUCUAAACACUUCAUAAAGAUAUCCUAACAACAUGAAUGCAACAUGCAAUAUAACACACAAACCCCCAACACAUGCCGAACUGUUGACAUGCAUCUGUAAAAUACAAACAUCUACUGAAAGUAGACAUCCACACCUACACUCACGUCCACUCUCACAGAAUGCACAGAUACACAUCCACAGUCACUGAUGUGAAAUAAACCAGGCUGCAAAACACCACCGUCCAUCCUCCGCUUGUACAAAUGCCUGCCUGUUCUAGAAACCACAGGACGAACUCAAAGCCUCCAUUACUCUCUCUCCGCUGACACGGGGGUCUGUCUCAGUGGUCUCUACCCCUUCUCCCUCCUCUGUGUUUCAACUAGUUGUUCAGGUAGUUCUUCUUGUCAUCGUCUUGUUCUCCAGUGAGAAUGUAUGCACACGACACACCAAGGAGCCCCGAGAGGAGGCGCUGAGACCUCAUGAAUACAUUUAAAUCAGUUAAAAUGGUUCAGCCUGAAAUGUCGGGUUCAAGUACGUCCAAAACCAGCAGAGGGAUACAUGCUAAAGUUAGCUCUCUCCGCCACAUGUUGAGGUGGACCAGGCUUUGUUUGGUCUGUCUGCUCUCAGUCCAGUCAAGACAGAAGUCAUCAUCUGUACUAUAUUAUUUAUACAUAUAUAAAUAUAUAUAAAUAUUAAUAAUAUAUAUCAUGUAUUUUAUUUAUUGCAUCAACUUCUGUCCCCACCUUUCCCAUUUAAGACUAGAACAUUUCUCCCUUUCAUUAUGAAGGAUGGGACCAUCAUUUCCCAGGAUGAGCAGCUGCACUAGAACAGAUUUUGUUUAUAUCCAUUGUAGGCUAUUUAUGUCCAUAUUAGGUAAAUAUGAUGUAGAAUAUAUAGUUUAAGAAUUGCCGGCACAGAUUCUGAUUAUUUAGGUCUUGUCUUAACUUAGAGAUGCCGCUUUGUCAUGUUUAUCCUGCAUUUCUGGCAGAUGAAGGUGAGAUUUAGCGUUAAACCUUCUUCACUCUGAUCUGUUUACAGCUGUGAACUGAGCGUCACAGAAAACACUGGCACAAACACAUUUACUCACACACAUUACACUCUGCUUACUGCUGUGUCAUUGAGGGGUGUAACACUCCUUGCAUUUUUGUCUCCUCUGCUCACAGCUCAAGUUGGAGCUUUGAAAUGUUUUGCUAUGAUCAAUGUAGAGGUAUUUAUUUUAGUAUUAUUUUCUUUUGUAUGAAAGUCAUGUAUAUCAUAAAAGCCAUGUAUCACUGAGUAGGAAAGAUUCUCUGAAGUUGGAGAGUUUGCUUUAAAUCUGUCAAACUUUACCGCAAUGUUUAAAGCUUUUGCUACACAGAAAAGUAAGAGACACUUAGGGUUUUAGGUGCUUUCCAACAUUUCAACCACUUCUUGCCAUAAAGUUUAGGUUCUUUUCUGUUUGGUUCAGAUAUCCACAUGAAUGUCAUGCUAGCUUUCAAGGGCAGAGGGUGAUAUUCAUUACACCCUGUAAUAUACCAAAUUUAGCUAAUGUUUUGACAUUAUGACAGCAUGCAGUGCUGCUACUGCACUCAUCUAAUUGGCAUGAGCUUGGAUAAACUAAAACAGCAAACUCAGGUACCAGAAAUUAACCUGCCGUUUUAACUUUCGGUUUUCAGUGAGAUAAGUUGGAUGAGUGUCUAAAAUUCUGUCAGUGUCAUACAAAAAGCCCUAAUUCCUUCCCCGCUGCCUCCUGUUAAGCACUUUUUCUCCCUCUGCUCAUGCUGUGCCAUAAGUAUUAACCGCCAAACACAUUUGCCUCUCGCCCUCAUGUGACCCUUAUUUUUGCCUGAUUACCUUAUCCUUUCAAAAAAAAUGUCACUUUGCUUGAAAAUGGAGAGAAAAAGGAGAUUACGAAGGUCCCAAAUAAAAAUUAAAUUAAUCUAAACAUUCUAAUAAUCCUGAUGUCACAUUACAGGCUUUAAGCAGACUGCUCUCGCUGUCAGGAACAAGCUACAGGUGAAAACAAGUUGUGGAUGGAGUAAAGAGAUUAUUGUGUGAAGCUGUUUGAUGUUGCACUUGUAUUUGAAAUGAUUUGAUAUCCAUUUGCUCUCAUUGGGACCACGUAUUAUCAAUCUGCCUUUUAUGAUACUGUUUAGAUUUUUAGGUAGUUUAAGUGUGGUUUGUGUAAAGACAACAUAUCAGCAGGUUAUAGGAAGAAAGACAGAAUACGUUUAGCAUAUGAAUGUUUAAAACUGUUAAUGAAGUGUUUUUAGCUGCACAUUGUGGACAAAGCCUUAUCUGAGUUAUUGCUAUCUAAAAGACAGAAUCAGCAAUGAGACAUUGUUUUGUUCUGUCAGCAUAGUAUUUUGUUUUUCAUUGUAAAAUAAAUAUGAAUUGUUAGAUGUAUUCGUUUUUUAUUUUGAUAAGGUGUAUUUUGUCUGACAGUUGGUGGCACAGAUGGGUUGCACUGUUUAGCUGUCAGUCAAGCUGCACUUUUUAGACAUUACAAAGGAAGUCAGAUAGAUGGAUAUGGACUUAAAGAAAAAAACUUUACACUAAAGAGCCUUUCUCCUUUGAUUUCCAUCAAUUUUUAAAUAAAACUUUAGCACGUUUAGCUUCCUUGAGCACAUUCCCUUCCCUCUGUGAACAGGCUCUUUAUUUUCAGAGAUCUUUCCUCCUGGUUUGAUCCAACUACCAUGAGAGCCUCAGGUAUGAAAACACCCUCCUACAUGCAUCAUUAGGCCAUGUUUAUGGACCGAUGUGUUUAGACUGCAGAUUGGGAAAGGUAGUCCCACACGUUCAUGCAUUCAUUGGUUUGUAUUGUUGAGCAGCGCUGCAGCUUCUCUCGCACUCAGACAAGAGAAACAUCCUUUCACUCUGCAUUUUUACAUUAAGGAGAGAGUUGGUUGUAUGAUAUGAUGUCGACGUUAUAAAAGACCAUUGUUAUUAUCAGCACUAGCAUUGAUUGUGCCAUUUAAAAAAAAGUUGUGUAUACAACAAACACUCUAUCAUCACCCCAGCUGUUACUGUGGUUUACUGGUGUGAACAUGCUGAAGCCAGAGCCAGAUGUUUUCCUCUUUGACCCAUGUGUACAUUUGACAAACUGGACUGUUUGUAGUUUCUGGUAGCUGUGCUUCGUGAAUGUGUUCACCGUUAAGAAACUAAGAAACUUCUGUAAAAGUCAAAUAAAAGA